UCCGCCUCUGGGGCUGGGAGCCUCCGCGUCUUUCUCCUCUCCCUUUGGGGCGCUUGUGGGGCAGCAUCCAUGGCUUUUCCCGGGGUCCCCCUGAUGCUGCUGGUGGGGGCGCUGGCCAGGAUCCCCGGAAGCGAAGGGGGGAAGGAGACCCCCGCCCAUUUCCUGUACCAGGGGAAGGGCGAGUGCCGCUUCCUCAACGGGACGCAGCUGGUGAGAUACCUGCAGAGAUACUUCUACGACCGGCAGGAGAUCGCCCGCUUCGACAGCGAGCGCGGGGAGUACGUGGCCCUCACGGGGUUGGGGAAGGCGGAUGCAGACUAUUGGAACAGAAAUAAGCUCUACGUGCAGAUCGCGAAGGGCGAAGUGGAUCGCUUCUGCCGGAACAACUACAGGUUGUAUAACUACGAGGCGGCCAAGAGGGAGGAACGCCUCAUUAGCCGGAGAGCCAAGCCCACCGUCACCAUCUCCCCCACCAAGAUGGACCCCACUUCCCCCAACACCAUCCUCCUCUGCACCGCGACAGGCUUUUACCCCAUGGAGAUCGAGGUCCAGUGGCUGAAGAACGGGGAGCCGGAGAAGGAGGGUGUGGCCUUUGGGGAGGAGCUCCAGAACGGAGACUGGACCUACCAGCUCCAGGUGAUGCUGGAGACCCAGCCCCAGCGGGGGGAUGUCUAUACUUGCAAGGUGGAGCACACCAGCCUGGAGGCCCCCAUCACCAUCCAGUGGGAGCCCCGUUCCUCCAGCUUUGCCAGGAGCAAAUUCUGGACGGGGAUCAUGGGGGCCGUGAUAGGAGUGGCCUUCCUGGCUGUGGGGCUCUUCUCCUACCUGAAGAGCAAGAAAGCAACUCCCAUCCAACCACCUGCAGCACUCAUGAAUUAAUCCUGCUCUUCGAUGCAAAAGCAUAUUUUUUCUUUAGUCACUGAUGACUCCUUGUCCUGUUUGCAACCUAUUAAAAAUGGAGGCUGAAGGUGGCAGGUUGGAGGGAGGAGGAGGAUGGCAGCCUGGACCCUCUCCUGCUGAGAUACCACCCCCCCAACUUGCUUUCAGGGCCUCCCUUUCUGGGCUUGGGGCAAGGCUGUGUGCUCUCCCCACUUCUCUCUGUAUAUCAAUGACUGCAUCUUCAAUGAUCCAUUGUUAAACUACUGAAGUUUGCAGAUGACACAACAGUGAUCGAUCUCAUUUGAGACAAUGAUAAAUCCACAUACAGAUGGGAGGUUGAACAACUAGCCUCAUGGUACGACCGGAACAAUCUGCAACUGAACACACUCAAAACUGUAGAAAUGGUGGUAGACUUUAGGAGAAACCCUUCCAUACUUUCACAAUACUAGACAACACAGCAUCAACGGUAGAAACCUUCAAAUUUCUAGGUUCUACCAUAUCGCAAGAUCAAAAAUGGACACCCAACAUCAAAAACAUCAUCAAAAAAGGACAACAAAGAAUGUUCUUUCUGUGCGAACUCAGAAAGCUCAAACUGCCCAAGGAGCUGCUGAUCCAGUUCUACAGAAGAAUUAUUGAGUUUGUCAUCUGCACCUCUAUAACUGUCUGGUUUAGUUCUGCAAUCCAACAAGACAGACACAAACUCCAGAGGAUAAUUAGAACUGCAGAAAAAACAGUGGUUACCAACCUGCCUUCCAUUGAGGACCUGUAUAUUGCAUGAGUCAAAAAGAGGGCUAUGAAAAUAUUUACAGACCCCUCAGAUCCGGGACAUAAACAUCCAUGUUUAUACUUAUUCCUGUUAUCUCGUAAAUGUUUAACAAAUAAAUAAAAUAAAAUAAAUAAACUCUCCACAGGGAACUUUGUAUCUAAAGGGGCAGGAAUUAGGAGGGCAGGGCUGGAGGGAAGGUAAUAUCUACACACACACACACACUCUCUCUCUUCCAUUGGGGGGGCAGGGAAUAUAGGGAGGAGCACAAUGAGGACAUCUAGACUGACAUUCCUGGUGUCUCCCAGCCCUUCAACCUCCACCUUCUCUGGGUCACCCCAACUUUUC